UCAGUUCUGGAGGGCAAAUUGAUGGCAAAUUCUAAUUCAGACUACUCGUCUCUGCUUGUGUUACUUUUGUUGGGCUUACAAGCCGUGCCAAUGGGUGGCCAAAGGGUAGUUGAUGUUGGGUUGAUUGUUGAGGCGGAAACCAUUGUUGGGAAGAUGGCCAAGACAUGCUUGUCCAUGGGACUUGAAGAUUUCUAUAGGGAUCACACAAAUUAUACCACAAGGCUUGCUCUUCGUGCUAGAGAUUCAAAGAGUGAUGUUAUUGAGGCUGCAUCAGCUGCUGUAGAUUUACUCAAGAAUGUGGGAGUACAAGCAAUACUAAGUUCACAAUCAUCCACACUGGCAGAUUUUGUGAUCGAUAUAGGCAACAAAACUCAAGUCCCUAUAAUUUCUCAAGCAACCAGUCCUUCUCUAUCACCAAAAAAAUAUCCUUACUUCAUUCGAGCAGCGCCUGUUGUGUAUGCUCAAGUUGGAGCCUUGGCAUCUAUAAUCAAGGCCUUUAACUGGAGGGAGAUAGUGUUAAUCUAUGAGGGUAGCUCUUAUGGCAGUGGGAUAGUUCCUUAUUUAACAGAUGCUAUGCUAUCAAUCAACAUUAAAGUUCAAUAUCAAAGUGUCAUUUCUCUUUUGGCCACAGAUGAUCAUAUCCUUCAACAACUCUACAAACUCCAAACCAUGCAUACUAGAGUUUUUGUGGUGCAUAUGUUCUUACCUCUUGCUUCUCGACUCUUUUUGAAGGCAAAAGAAGUUGGAAUGAUGAGCCAAGGAUAUGUUUGGAUUACAACAGAUGUUAUUACAAGUUUUUUAGAUUCUAUGGAUCCCACAGGUACAGGAACAAUGCAAGGUGUACUAGGUGUCAAGUCUUAUGUUCCAAUGUCCGAAAAGCUUCACAAGUUUAAGAAAAGAUGGAGAAAGAGGUUUUUUCAAGAGAAUCCAGAUAUAGGACUUGAAUGUGAACUAAAUGUACAUGGCUUGUGGGCGUAUAGUAGUAUCAAAGCAUUAGCAAUGGCAGUGGAAAAAACACAAAUUUCAAUACCAAAAUUCAAGAAGCCUGAUGCUAAUGGAGAGAAGUUGAUUGACUUAGAUGCAAUUGGAACCUCAGAAAUGGGACCAAUGCUCCUUCAGUCAAUCCGAAACUUGAGAUUCAUCGACUUAUGUGGUGAAUUCAAUCUAGUUGAUGGAGAGUUACAAUCAUCCACCUUUCAAAUAGUCAAUGUGAUUGGAAAACGGGGUGUGGAAAUUGGUUUCUGGACUCCAAAAUAUGGGAUAUCGAAGGAUCUAAUGCCAAGAAUCAAGGAUUUGUAUACAACUAACAAAGAAGAUCUCAAGUCUGUCAUUUGGCCUGGUGAAUCUAAUAUAGUGCCUAAAGGUUGGGAAAUGCCAACAAGGGAAAAAAAGUUGAGGGUUGGCGUUCCUGUUAAAAGUGGAUUUUAUGAGUUCAUAAAAGUGGAAAAAGAUCCUCAAACUGACAUUAUCAUUCCCAGUGGUUUUUGUGUAGAUGUGUUUAAAGAAGUCAUGGACCAUUAUCUCCCUUAUGUUAUCCCAUAUGAGUUUAUUGCCUUUGAAGGAAGUUAUGAUGACCUAGUUUAUCAAGUUGCGCUCAAUAAGUUUGAUGUUGUUGUAGGGGACAUAACCAUCUUAGCAAAUAGAUCCAACUUUGUUGAUUUUACAUUGCCUUUCACUGAAUCUGGGGUGGCAAUGAUCGUUACAAUUGAGGAUGAUGAAAGCAAGAAUGCAUGGAUUUUUAUGAGACCAUUAACAAUGGAUUUAUGGUUAACAACUGGGGCAUUCUUCAUCUUCAUUGGCUUUGUGGUAUGGGUUCUUGAGCAUCGAGUGAAUGAAGAAUUCAGAGGCCCACCACACCAGCAAGUUGGAAUAAUAUUUUGGUUCUCUUUCUCCACUCUAAUGUUUGCACAUAAGGAGAAGGUAGUCAAUAAUUUAUCAAGAGGAGUUGUAGUUGUGUGGGUGUUCGUGGUGUUGGUGGUGACAUCAAGUUAUACUGCAAACUUAACAUCAAUGCUAACUGUUCAGAAACUACAACCUACUAUCACAGAUCUCAAGGAUAUCAUAAAACAGAAGGGGGAGUAUGUAGGGUACCCAAAGGGAUCUUUUGUUGGUGACUUUUUGAACAGUUUGAACUGUGAUCCUUCCAAGUUUAAGACUUACACGAGUUUACAAAAGUACGAUGAAGCCCUUUCCAAAGGAAGUAAUAAUGGAGGGGUUGUUGCAAUUGUUGAUGAGCUCCCUUAUUUGAGGCUCUUUCUUUCCAAAUAUUGUGGAAAGUAUACUAUGGUAGGACCAAUUUACAAGACUGCAGGCUUUGGCUUUGCAUUUACAAAGGGAUCUCCCUUUGUACCUGAUGUUUCAAGAGCGAUCUUGAAGGUAACAGAGGGAGAAAAUAUGAGCAGAAUUCUAGCUCAAUGGUUUGGCAAAAAGCAAGAUUGCACAGAGCAAAAUGGCGCCAUUGUAGUUACCUCUGGAAGUCUUACAAUCGAUAGUUUCAAAGGUCUCUUUCUCAUGGCUGGCACAUCUUCACUUUUUGCUCUCAUCAUGUUCUCAUCUAACUUCCUAUACGACAACAAAGAUAUUCUAUCCUCCAAUCACUCAAUUAGGCAAAAGGUUGCUACAAUUGUCAAGAGCUUUGAUCAACGUACGUAAAGAUGCAUGGCUCAUCUAUUGGAUCUAAAAAACCAAUUGCCAUAUAGUUGAAGGGAUGAAAGUUAAGCAUGCUUUUCCCUCAAGAAGAGGGAUUAAAUUUCCACUACAAAACCUAGUACACCAGUUCAUGAUAGCAUAUAUAUGAACUGUAUAAACUAAUAAUGAACCAAUAUGAACAACAUUCUCUUUCUUGUUUCAAUAAAUUAAGUUAGACUUAAUUGCAUGAUAGUCGACAUAUUGUGUGUUUAUUGAUAGUAUGAACUAUA